AGAUAACAUCUCCGACCAUGAGUUCACUGAGCUACUCUCCUCCUGAUAAAGAAGAGGAGGUCUGCUGGACGGAGAAAGAGGGUCUGUGGCUGAAUGUUGUCGUAAAAGAGGAGAAGGAAGAGGAGGAUGUCACAGUAACAAAAGUAGAGGAUGAGGAUGUUGCAGUGAAAGAAGAGAAAGAGGAGGAUCCCGGUUUUGGAGUGAAGGAGGAGGGAGAGAUAACUGUCAUAUUGGAAGAAGAAGAGGAGGAUACUGGACAUCUGAUUAACCCCAGAGAGAGACGUAACUAUUGUGGAUCCUCUAGAGAGCCUCAACAACAUCAUGACGCGGAGAAGAGACUCUCCACAUCAGAACACCUCAAGAAACACCAGCGGAAACCCACAGGGAAGAAACUUCAUCGCUGUUCUGACUGUGGGAAGAGUUACUCAAGAUCAGAUUCACUUAAAGUACACCAGAAAAUUCACACUGGCGAUAAAUCUCACCGCUGCUCUGACUGUGGGAAGAGUUACUCCAGAUCAGAUUCACUCAAAGUACACCAGAGAAUACACACGGCAGAGAAAACGUAUAGCUGUGAUCAAUGUGGGAAGAGUUUUACUUCACCUAGCCAGCUGACUAUACACCAGAGAACACACACAGGAGAGAAACCUUUCCGCUGCUCUGACUGUGGAAAGAGUUUUGUUAUCGCGGGAAAUUUAAAAUCACACCAGAGAACACACACAGGAGAGAAACCUUAUAGCUGUAAUCAAUGUGGGAAGAAUUUUGCUUACUCGAGCAGCCUGAUAGCACAUUUAAAAACACACACAUGAGAGAAUCUACUGCGUUGACUGUGGGGAGACCUUUUCAAAAUCAUCUACAUUACAAUCACACCAGAGAAUUCACACAGGACAGAAAUCUUAUAUUAUUUUAAUGAUGUCACAAUGUAGAAUCCUAAACGUUUGCCCCCUGUUCUAUUGAUUUCAGCAUAAUGUGGAUAUUAGGGGGAAAAUCCAGGCUCUGAAUUGAAAGAGUUCUAUUUAUGUGAUUUAACAAAAAGUGACUAACAAAAGAAAGUGUUGUGUUAGACUUACCUCGUCGGUGACCCACUUGAAUCAAAAAUGCAACACUUUAAAAUGUAGCGAGCUGUUUUCUACAAAUUGUCCUCUAACCAGUGAUGUGCACAUUAUUCCCAGAUUCUGUGUGAUAUCGAUUUGAGUGAUGCCAAGUAAAUUUUGCAUUUAUCUUCGUUUAUGGGGACCCCUAAAUUUAAAUGCAUCACUCCAAAGUGUAGCUGACUGUCUUCUGCAGGUUGUCCUCUAACCAGUGAGGUAAAAGAUAUCUCCCAUUUCCAUGUGUUUUUUUUUUAGUUGUUUUAGUUUCAACAGCAACCUACAACCUGAUUUUUAUCCGAUCGAUGUCCGUAAUUUAUUGCCACUUUGUUAAAACAACAGUGUUUUUUGGUGCUCGUUUAAAAAAUAAUUCCAGGAAUAUGAUUAUUAUUGUGUUUGUGUAUAUAGCACAUUUUAUGUUUAGGUUUUGAAUUUAUCCCAAACUGUUUCUGCAUAUUGGUGAUGGAUUUGGACGCGUUAAAACUGUGUUUUCACUUUGGGGAUGUUUUCCCCCCCUAGCGAGCGACGUUGAAAGAAAGACCGAAGUUCAAUCUACGUUUUUAAAGUAUUAAAGACUUUAUUUUUUCAACGUUUUUAACUUUAAGUUAAUUAUUGCCAAUACAUAUGACCAAAGGGGGUGGCAUUUCAUCCUAUUUACAUUUCAUGUAACAUUUUAGUAAUCCUAAUUAUUUACGCAACCAACUGACAAUUUGUUUUACUAUCAUAUUGUUUACUAAAAUAAAACUAGAUUAUAUUUCUGGUUGGAUAUUUGGUUUUGAUAUUUCAUAUUACAUAAAUGUAAUAUAACAUUUAGUAAUCAUAAUUAUUUAUGCAACUAACUUACAAUUUAUUUUUGUAUAAUUAUAUUGUUUACUAACAAUGUCAUAAAUCAAGCUUAUAGUUUGUGCCAGGAGUCAUUACAUCCUAUUCUUACUAUUUUAAUCAAUGUAAUUUCCUUAAAAUGAUCAUUAGUUUUUCAGUUAUUAUUGUUAUUCUUUAGUUUUUUUAUCCUCAUGAUUGUUGUAAAUAUUUCAGUUUUUAUUUUCAUUUGUUUUUUUUUUAAUAAUUUUUUUUCUUUUGAAGCGCAUUGAUUUGGUUCCAUAACUAAAAUGUGCAUAAAUAUGUGUAAAUAAAGCUUGAUUUGAUUUGAAUCAACAGACUUUUUGCCAAACCAAUGAACAAAUAUGUGUAAAAGCAACACAUCUUGGUCCAUCUUAGUAUGAAAACAGCAUCUAAUUCUGUUUUUAUGUGAACAUUGUGCAUGGUAUGUAAGUUUAUCACUUUCAAUCAAUCCAGUGCAUUUUUGUUUGGAUUCAACUACUGAAACAAUCAAACAGAUCAAUCCCACUUUUCCAGCCUGCUGAAGGUGUGGUGGAGUGGUAAACACCACCCCCGGCUCUACCAGGGGCUUGAGGUGGUCUCCCACAGCUCUGCUUAUGUCAUGUUCUGUGGCCUUGCCGUUCCAUUUCUUGACUGCCCCUGCAACACAGAAAUAAACACAUUUAGUCAUAUUAUAUAAAACAGUCGAAGUAAUGGAUAAGGAGCAUCUAUGGCCUCAGUUACACCUGGCACCUAAAUGUGACUGCUGUCAUCUGAUCACUCCAAUCUGCAUUAGGUUCAGCACAGAAAGAAACACAUUUAGUCAUAUUAUACUGAACAAAUAGAAACGCAACAUGUAAAGUGUUGGUCCCAUGUUUCAUGAGCUGAAAUAAAA